CCAGAGGACCCGGGCCGACCCCCUCACCCCCCUGGUGCUGUGCUUGCCCCAAUCUGGGCCUCCCGUGAGCCUGAUUGAACAGGAAAUCAUGGGCCCUGAGAAGUUCCUUGUGACAUUCUAAUCCCAGCCUGCUGACGGGACCACGCCCCCAGCGGAGGCGACCGCAAGGGCUCCCCCAGGACACAGGCACCAGGUGGCCUCAAAGAGGAGCUGCGGGACCAACAGGCUGAGCCAGACCGGCCUGUUGGCAGACUUAGCACAUAAGUAUCAAUGAAAUGUGAAUGUGAAUUUAAAUAAGGAAUAUCAGCCGAACGACAACAAAUGCCCCAGGUGACUGUGAUGCGUGGGAAAGUUUGAGAGCCGCCGUUCUGAGACCAGAUCUGCAAUUUCUCCAUCCACUGCUGCCCCGACCCCCUCUCCCAGGACAGAGGCCCGGGACUCGGGCUCCUGGAGGCAGCAUGUCAGGGGGGGCCGGCACCUUCCGCGAGGUCCCUGAAGAGGAACAGCAGCUGCGUGCCCAGCUGGAGCGGCUCACAACCAAGGACCAUGGGCCUGUCUUUGGCCAGUGCAGCAAGCUGCCCCCACACACCUUGCAGAAGGCCAAGGACGAGCUGAACGAGAGGGAGGAGACGCGGGAGGAGGCAGUGCGGGCGCUGCAGGAGCUGGUGCGGGAGCAGGCGGCCUCCGGACAGGAGCUGGCCCGCGCGGUGGCCGAGAAGGUGCGGGGGAAGGACAGCGCCUUCUUCCUGCGCUUCAUCCGCGCCCGGAAGUUCCACGUGGAGCGCGCCUACCAGCUGCUCAGAGGCUACGUGCACUUCCGGCUGCAGUACCCCGAGCUCUUCGACAGCCUGUCCCUGGAGGCCGUCCGCUGCACCGUGGAGGCCGGCUACCCCGGCGUCCUCUCCAGUCGGGACAAGUACGGCCGAGUGGUCAUGCUCUUCAACAUCGAGAACUGGGACUGCGAAGAAAUCACCUUUGACGAGAUCUUGCAGGCCUAUUGCUUCAUCCUGGAGAAGCUGCUGGAGAACGAGGAGACGCAGAUCAACGGCUUCUGCAUCGUGGAGAACUUCCGGGGCUUCACGCUGCAGCAGGCUGCGGGGCUGCGGGCCGCCGACCUCAGGAAGAUGGUGGACAUGCUCCAGGACUCCUUCCCAGCCCGGUUCAAGGCCAUCCACUUCAUCCACCAGCCCUGGUACUUCACCACCACCUACAACGUGGUGAGGCCCUUCCUGAAGAGCAAGCUGCUCCAGAGGGUCUUUGUCCACGGAGAUGACCUCUCCGGCUUCUUCCAGGAGGUCGACAAGGACAUCCUGCCCACUGACUUUGGGGGCACCCUGCCCAAGUACGACGGCAAGGUGGUGGCUGAGCAGCUCUUCGGCCCGCGGGCUCACGCCGAGAGCACGGCCUUCUGAGGACACUCCUGCCUUCCGACCCCUAGUUAGCAUCCCUGGGCCUUUCCCCAGUGCCCCGGACCCAGAGGCUGGGAAAAGGGCAGCCUGGGGGGGCUGGGGUCUCUGACCCUCCCUGAGCUUGGGUGAGCUCAGGCGUCACCCUCCUCCUAAGUCCGGGGGCAACAAACCAGGGGGAAUUCGCUUGAACAAGAAGAAUUGGGGGCCCUAGCCGGUUCGGCUCAGUGGUUAGAGUGUCAGCCUGCAGAUAGAAGGAUCCCGGGUUCGAUUCCGGUCAAG